AUGUUAUCUCUGGGAACUCUUGUGUUGUGUCUUUCAUCUAUUUCUCUUUCAAGUCUCGUCCAUGCAUCCCCUGCGCAUGAACCUCACUCUCAUUUUAACCGCAAUUUCCACAAACGAAACUACGUGACGCCAGACCAACGUUCCUCUUCUUAUGACUAUGUGAUUAUAGGAGGUGGACUGGCUGGCCUGGUGCUCGCCUCACGACUCUCUGAAGACUCGUCGAAAACUGUUCUUGUGCUGGAAGCUGGACCCAAUGGAGAUGCAGUUCCGACCAAACUCAAUGUACCAUCUUCGACGUACUAUGAUUCUUUGCUAGGGUCUGCACCUUAUGAUUGGGUGUAUAAGACGGUACCUCAACCGAAUGCCGGGAACAGGAAUCUAGCGUUGCCUCGAGGAAAAGUUCUUGGAGGAUCCUCAGCCGUGAAUGGUAUGUACCUCGUGCGGCCUGCGAAGAGCGAGGUAGACGCCUGGAGUACCCUCAUCGCCCCUAACGACAAGACGGCCGCGGAAACUUGGAACUGGGACAAUUUCUUCCCUGCUCUGAAAGAAUUCGAAAUUUUCACGCCCCCGCUCCCCGACGUCCAAAGUGUCGCGGGGAUGAAGUACGACCCGGCUAGCCAUGGAACAAGCGGAAAAGUCCACGCAACAUACCCUGCUUACAUGGUGCCCAUCUCCAGCACGUGGUUGCCCUCCCUCGCAGGUGCGGGGAUCCCAACGUCCCCCGACACAUACUCUGGAAACAAUCUCGGCGGAAUGUUCGCCUUGACUGCAGAGAACCCGUCAAACUGGACCCGUUCGUAUUCCAAAUCGGCCUAUAUCGAUCCCCUCCCACCUCGCUCGAAUCUGCACAUCAUCACCGAUGCGACUGUGGAAAAGAUCGUCUUUGCCGAUAAUGUAGUUGAGGGAGACCGCGUAGCAAGUGCCGUGCAAUUCUCCACCGGAGCGGGAACCCCUGUCUUGUCCGUCAAUGUGAACAAAGAGGCCAUCCUUUGUGGAGGGACGUACGGAAGUCCGCAUGUUCUCCUGUUGAGCGGUGUGGGGCCGAAGGAUGUCUUGGACGGUGCCAAGGUACCAGUACAAAACGAACUCCCUGGCGUCGGGCAGCACUUGUCAGAUCACUUGCAAUCAGUCGAGUUCAACUCCUUCGUGAACAGCGGUAUCGCCUAUGUCAAUGGUUCCCGCCUUUUCAAUGGCGACGCUAACUUCGCCGCGUUCCUGGAUGGAAUCAACGGCGCCUUGGAUUCUUCCGCUUCGACUCUUGUCCCCAGUCAAUACUCCCCUGUCGUUGAAGGGUAUAAGACCGUUUACAAGACGGUCGCCAGCAACACCUACCCGACUACCGGAUUGAUCGAGAUCCUCUUCAGCAUCAACUCACCAGGCGUUGUGAACAUCCAGGUUGGACUCCAACAACCCCUCAGUCGCGGACGCGUCUACAUCACCUCCCCAUCCGUAUACGAUCCUCCCCUCAUUGAUCCUCAGUACUUCUCCCACCCCGCCGAUAUCACGGUGAUGCGCCAGGCUAUCAGACUCGUCCGCGAGAUCGCCCAGCAAGCCCCUCUCAGUGACUCGCUGGCUGGUGAAGUGAGACCUGGUGCUGAUGUCAACUCAGAUGAGGACAUUGAAAAUUUCCUGCGGGGUGCCGUCGGCACUGAGUACCACCCUGCUGGAGGAUGCGCUAUGCUUCCCAAGGACCAGGGCGGUGUCGUUGAUGCCAAACUGAAGGUAUAUGGGCUAUCGAACGUCCGCGUUGUCGACGCGUCUGUCUUCCCUGUCACCUUCUCCGCACACUUGAUGACGCCCACAUACGCUCUUGCUGAGGUCGCUGCUGAUAUCAUUAUCAACGGGAACAAACCUACAAAUACUGGUUCCGCCAACAAUGGUUCAACCUCCGGUACUUCCAAGCCAGGUUCAACGACAUCGGGCACACCAGAUUCUGGAGCCUCCAAAACAGGAGCUGCCGUUGGCCUCGUAUCAUCAUCCUGGCUCGGUCUCUUCGUACCGCUUCUCGCAGCUUUCCUGCUCUGA